AUGGUCUCCGCCGCCGAUCUCAUGAGGCAGCACCAAGCUCAGCUCGCUCAGGCUGAUGCUGCUUCCGAACUGCCGCCCAUGGCCGACCCUUUCCCUUCGCUCGUGCAGGAUCCUUUCCCGCCUGCGCCCGUUGCGGCUGCCCCCUCUGCCUCGGCUUCUGCUGCUGCUGUAUUGAACGGCGACGGCAACCACAGCAACACCGCUCCUUCUGCUACCAACGGCCGUGCUCACGCACCGGCCCGCUCCAAGCAGCCCGACUUCUCCUCGGAGUCCGCUUUUCCCUCGCUCGGCGCCGGUGCCAACCCUGCCAAGGGUCAGUGGGGUAGCAAGGGUUCCACCUGGAACGGCUCAGCUCCCGUCAUCCAGCGCGCCGUUGCCCAGCAGACCUUCUCGCUCUCCCUCUCGCAUGAUUCCGUCGCAAAGCUCUCCACCGUCAUGUCCAAGGUCCAGAACAAGUACCGCGGCGUCAAGAUCGAAGCUUCCACCACCCGCAAGACCGGCACCACCACCUUUGUCCUCAAGGCCGCUGACGAUGCUGUCGUCAAGAAUGCCAAGCGCGAGAUCACCGUCCUGCUUGCGAAGCACGUCUCCACACAGAUCAUGAUUCCCGCCUCGCUCCGUGCCUUUGUCAUCGGCACCAAAGGCAAGAACCUCAAGGCCAUCACCGAACAGACCGGCGUCAAGGUCCACGUUCCGCCUCGCGACCCCGCUGCCGAUGCUGAGCUCGACGCCAACCAGCGCAACACCAUCGACUACGACAACGACGAGCAGAUCCCCAUCACGCUCGAGGGAGACGAGAUCAACGUCAAGCAGGCCCAGGCCAUGAUCCAAGCCAUCGUCGCAGAGAGGACCUCCAAGAUCACCCAGCGACUCACCCACAUCGACCACAUCUUCUACCCCUUCAUCGCCGGUCCCAAGGGUGCCAACGCCGCCCAGCUCGAGAAGCAAGCCGGUGAUGGCGAGAUUUCCGUCCGCGUCCCCCCUCGCGCCGCCUUCCUGCACAGCAAGGACGCUGCUGACGACGACUCGGCCGAGCCCAAGCGUGAGCGCGACCUGGCCAUCAUCGUCUCUGGUGACCGCGAAAAGGUGACUGCAGCCGUUGCCUCCAUCGAAGCGCAGGUUGAGGACAUGAAGAACUCGUUCCGCACCCUCGCUAUCAGCAUCCCCAAGCGUCAGCACCGCUUCCUCGUCGGCGAUGCCGCCAACGACAUCCUUGCCUCCACCUCGUGCAGCGUCGAACUUGCCGCCAUCGACGACCCUUCGGACAGCGUCACCAUCCGUGGGCCCCAGAGCCAGUUGCCCCUGGCGCUCACCGCCGCUAUGGAGAAGGCCAACGCGGUCCGUGUCGAGGUUGUCGACGUCGUCGCAGCGCACAGAUCCCUCGCCAAAGAUCCUGUCGACCAUGCCAAGCACGUCCUUCGAUGGCUCAGCGUCGGCGGAAAGAUUCCGCGAAGCUCCACGGUCCAGAUCUACCUCCCGCGACCCGCCAUCGUCGAGUCCACCGGCAACGUUCAGAUCGAAAUUGUCGGCUCUGAUGCUGCCGAGGUCUCCAAGCUCCGCGAGACCGUCCAGGAGCUUGUCAAGGCGGUUCCUCCUACCUUCAUCGAGGAGUUCGACGUCGACCCUCUCCUUCACCGCUUCAUCAUUGGCAAGAAAGGCCAGGGUUUGAAGCCGUACGAAGCACGAGGUGUCGAUGUUCUCUUCCCGCCCGCCUCAUCCAGCACCGACGGCGACUCUCGAUCCGACGUUCUGCUCGUUUUGGCGGGCUCCUCUGUCGUUGCUGCCCUGCCGGCCGACCGCAAGGCUCGCGACGCCAAGGCCAGCGAGAUCCUCGAGGCCGUCAAGCAAGACAUCCAGAAGGCGCAGGUGGCCGCCGCCGACAUUCGCAGCGAGACACUGACCGUGCCCGCAAAGCUUCACAGAGCCAUUCUUGGCCCCAACGGCACCACGCUCAACGCCGUUAUUGGCGAAGACAGGCUAGUGGCCGUCAAGCUUGGCUCCAGCAAGGCUGCUUCUGCGGACAAGUCCAGCACCAGCCUGUCCGAGGACUCCAUUCUGGUCCGUGGUCCCAGCUCCGAGGUCGAGCGCGUCGUCAAGGAGCUCACCCGUAUCGCUGCCGAGGCAGAGCAGGACAACAUUAUCAAUGGCCACGUCGCCGAGUUCUCGGUCGACGCCAACCAUGUCCCUCAUCUCGUCGGACGUGGCGGUUCGGCCAUCACCAAGCUUCGCGAAGAGCUCGGCGUGCGCAUCGACUUUGGCGAGCCUUCGAGCGCCGAUGGUGCCGACGGCGUCAAGAAGGGCCGAAAGCCUACCUCCACCACCAAGGUUGUGCUCACCGGUCGCAAGGAGAACGUCGAGGAGGCCAAGAAGCGUCUUCAGACCCAAGUCGAGCGACUUGCCGAUGAGACCACCGUCACGCUCAAGAUCCCGCAAGAGAUGCAUGGCAGCUUCAUCGGUCAGGGCGGCAAGUACGUCACCCGCCUGCAGGACACCUAUGCUGUGCGCAUCAACUUUCCCAACGCCAACGCCCAGAGCGGCACCUCCACCCCCACCGAGGGUGGCGAUGACAAGCCUGCCGGUGGCGCGCGUGUCCAACAGAAGCCUGACGAGGUCAUCAUCAAGGGAGGCAAGAAGGGUGUCGAAGGUGCCAAGGCCGAGCUGCUUGAGCUGCUCGAGUACGAGAAGGAGCACAACAACGUCACUGUCCUCAACGUGAGCACAAAGUCGAUCGCGCGUAUCAUGGGCAAGGGCGGAGCCACGAUCAAGCAGAUCCGAGACGAGAGCGAGGCGCAGGUGGACGUUGACCGCGAGGACAACGAAAAGAACGGCACCACCUCGAUCAAGAUCCGUGGUACCAAGAAGGCCAUCGCCGCUGCCAAAAAGGCCAUCGAGGCCAUCUCUUCCGAGGUGGACGCCGAGCAGGUCUACACACUCACCAUCGCCCCGGAGCACCACGGCAUUUUGAUUGGACCUCAAGGAUCCAACAUUCGCGAUCUCAUCAUCAAGGCCGGUGGACCCGAGGACACCAAGGCUUCGUCGCAGUACGUCCAGUUCCCACGCCGGAACGAAAAGGAUGCGUCGACGGUUACCGUGCGAGGCCCUGCUUCGUUGGCCAAGGCCAUCCGCGACGAGCUCGAGAGUGCCGCACAGAUCCUGGCUUCGCGCGUCGUCUACGGUGUGAUUGUGGCGCCGCAGGCACAGAGGAUGCUCAUCGGCCGUGGCGGAUCGCGCCAGUCGGAGCUGCAGACACAAUCGUAG